GCGCCAGUCCGCAUAAAUUCCUUCCAAAAUGCCGUCGCACAAGACCUUCCGUACCAAGCGCAUCCUCGCCAAGAAGGCCAAGCAGAACCGCCCGAUCCCGCAGUGGAUCCGUCUGCGCACAAACAACACCAUCAAGUACAACGCCAAGCGCCGCCACUGGCGCCGCACCAAGCUCGGCCUGUAAGCAGCUGGGCUGGACGUGGCAGUUUUACGAUCGUCGCGGGAGGCAGAUGGACGCGGUCUCUCUGGGCGCCGCUGGCUGGGCUCGGCUUCAGUCGGUACUGCCCUGGUGCGCGGUUUCGUGCUGGCUCCCUGGAGUUGGUGGACUGUAACAGGACCCUCCUUUUGGUAGCAGCGGAUAACCAGAACGAAUUCUCUUGAGAAGGAC